CAAAGGGAAUUCUUGAAUGCAAGAGGACGCUAAACUAUUUCAGAAAAAAACAAUACAAUCAAUAUUUUUUUAAAAAUGAAUAAAUGACACUUCGAGAACAUUUAGGAAGAUAUUAAAACAUAAAAAUGGAGGAAUUGUGUACGGCUUGUUUAUGUUCAGGGCGAUAUUUGUCUUACAUCGCAGGAACAGAUUUACAACAGGCUUAUAUCCAAAUAUUAAACGAAAUUUCUAUUUCAGAAGACAUGUUGUCCUUUUGCAUCCGACUCUGUUGGGAGUGUAAAGCAAUGCUACAUCGCUACAUAAAAUUCAAGAGGCAAGCACAAUACUGCUACAAAGAACUACUGGAUUAUAACACAACAGACCUCAAACAUGUACUAAAAACGGCUCCGAAGAUACAAAUACAUUCCGUACACAAUAUUAGUUAUCCAGAGUUUGAAGUUAAAGUUGAAAUUGAAGAUCUUAAUGUGAAAGACGAGGUAACAGAUGAUGACGACACUCACUAUGAGCCGGAGACAUUUGUUAACGAUUUAGUCGUUGAUGAUGACAUCAAAGAUAAGAAAGUAAAAAAGAUAACAAAAAAGAAAACAAAACAAAAAGUCAAGUUAAAAAAGAAGAAAAUAGAAGUGAAGAAGAUAAUAAAAGUAGCGAGUGACGUUGAACCGGAGUGCCUUGAGAGUGAGACGGAAAACAAGAAGUGGUUUGAUAAUGAGACUGAUGCAUUUAAGUGUAAGGACUGUGGGACGGUGUUCAAAGAUGAGAUGGAGUUACAGAGUCAUAUUGAUAGUGAACAUGCUGUUGAGGAAGCCGUUCAGAAGAACGGCGUGAGGCCGCGCAGUAAGGAACAGCUGCCGGACAAGCCGCAGUGCGUCGAGUGUGGGAAAAUCUUCAGCUCCAGAAAGACUUAUAGAUAUCAUCUCAAUGUACUUCACAAAGGACAGAACCGUUAUCCGUGUCCGAGGUGCGGGAAAGUUUACCAGUGGAAAUCGAACCUGGGACGGCAUAUGAGGAGUCAUAAGGCGCGCGACUCGGGCGAGCUGCACUGCCGCACGUGCGACAAGCGCUUCGCGUCCGUCGCCACCUACCGCCAGCACCUGCGAGUGUCGCGCCGACACGUGGCCGAGACCGACUUCACUUUCAUGUGCAACGAGUGCGGCAAGCGGUUCGUGAACAAGACCCGCCUGCGCGACCACGUCGACUGGGAACAUCUCAACAAGAUCAAGUUCCGCUGUCAGCUCUGCGACAAGCCGUUCAAGUGCCACACGUCGCUGUACGUGCACAUGCAGAACGUUCACAGGAACAAGGAGAAGAAAGACAACCUGUGCCACGUCUGCGGGAAGUCCUAUCAGAACGCAGCUAAGCUAAAGUACCACAUAGUGGCGAUGCACACGAGCGAGACGCCGUACUCGUGCGAGCAGUGCAGCGCCGCCUUCGGCUGGUACUCCUCGCUCUACCGACACGUGCGGGAGGUGCACUACAAGAUGAAAAUUCAACCGAAGAAGACCAAGAAGAACAAGAAGACGUCGGCCGAGCUGCCGUCCCCGGGGCCCGUCUAGCGCAGCGCUUUAUAAUAAAUAAUAUACUAUAAUG